UCAAUUUACAUCUCUUUUAUUUUCAUAUUUUGUCACAAAACUUUCUGACCUUCAACAAAUAGUUGCGAGGUCAAAAAUGGAGGGAUUAAUAACUAGUUACGGGCUGAUGGGCACGAUGUGGGAGCAAGUGAGGGCGCCAUUGAUCGUGCCAUUUAUGAAAAUUAUGGUGACAAUGUGCUUAGCCAUGUCGAUAAUGCUAUUUGUGGAGCGCGUUUAUAUGGGCCUAGUUAUAGUUGUGGUUAAGUUGAUGCGAUAUAAGCUCGAUAAAAGGUACAAAUGGGAGGCGAUUAAGGAGGAUUUGGAGACGGGUAACUCGGUUUUCCCUAUGGUUUUAGUACAAAUACCUAUGUAUAAUGAAAAAGAGGUCUAUCAACUUUCAAUUGGAGCGGCGUGCGGGCUCUCAUGGCCAUCGGAUCGGGUCAUAAUUCAAGUUCUUGAUGAUUCAACCGACCCGAUUAUUAAGGAUUUAGUAGAGUUGGAAUGCAAAAGAUGGGCAGGAAAAGGAAUAAACAUAAAGUACGAAAUUAGAGAUAACAGAAAUGGGUACAAAGCUGGUGCACUAAAACAAGGCAUGAAGCACUCUUACGUGAAGCAAUGUGAGUUUGUGGCCAUCUUUGAUGCCGAUUUUCAACCUGACCCGGACUUCCUUUGGCGCACCAUCCCGUUCCUUGCGCACAACCCGGAACUCGCUCUCGUCCAAGCUCGUUGGAAAUUCGUGAACUCAGAUGAGUGUUUGAUGACAAGAAUGCAAGAAAUGUCACUAGAUUACCAUUUUACUGUGGAACAAGAAGCAGGAUCCGCUACACAUGCAUUUUUUGGCUUCAAUGGGACUGCGGGUGUUUGGCGAAUUUCGGCUCUUAAUGAGGCUGGUGGGUGGAAGGACCGAACUACAGUUGAAGAUAUGGAUUUAGCGGUUCGUGUGAGCCUCAAAGGAUGGAAGUUUGUAUAUGUUGGCGACCUCAAGGUGAAAAACGAGUUACCAAGUACUUUCAAAGCAUACCGUUAUCAACAACAUCGAUGGUCAUGUGGACCAGCGAACCUUUUCAAGAAAAUGAUCAUAGAAAUUGCAAGAAAUAAGAAAGUGACCUUAUGGAAAAAGUUUUACGUGAUAUACAGUUUCUUCUUUGUUAGAAAAAUUGUUGCACAUCUAGUCACGUUUAUCUUCUAUUGUGUGGUGUUGCCCGCAACGGUUUUGGUUCCAGAAGUGCAAGUUCCUAAAUGGGGUGCCAUUUAUAUUCCUUCGAUCGUCUCUCUACUCAAUGCAGUUGGGACUCCGAGGUCUUUUCAUCUAUUAGUCUUUUGGAUCCUUUUUGAAAACGUUAUGUCUCUACAUCGGACAAAAGGAACGUUUAUCGGCCUUUUCGAGGCAGGAACAAGGGUUAACGAAUGGGUGGUCACUAAGAAACUUGGUGAAGCUAUGAAAGUCAAACCAGGUUCCAAAGCUACCAAGAAACCCCCAAUUCAAAUAGGCGAAAGUGUAUAUAUGCUGGAGAUCUUUGUUGGAAUUUAUCUCUUCUUGUGUGGGUGCUAUGACUUUUCGUUUGGGAAGAACCAUUACUACAUAUACCUCUUCCUACAAUCCAUGGCUUUCUUCAUCGCUGGAUUUGGAUACAUUGGUGUUUUCGCUCCCAAUUCUUGAGAAACGAUACGAGAAGUAUCCGGUUUUCAGUUUACGAGGACAAAAAAUGUUGAAGUUGUUGUUGGUCUGUUUUGUUUUUGCAAUUUUGUUACAAGAAAUCAAUCAUUCUUUCAAUAUACAUGUUUAUAAACACUUGGAAUGGGGUUGCUAAGUUAUUUUUACUUAAUAAUGGAAUUCGAUUAUGCACAUUCUACUUGA